AACGCGAGCGGAAGGCUAGCCGAAGGCGGCUGUAGUUUUCCCAGAUCAACUUUCCCGACAAUACCGUGCGCCUCCCGCUUUGGGAGAACUACAUGCCCCAGCCUGCUCCACGAAGGGAAGAAGUCAGGCGGCCCCGCUUCGUGCUAAUGCUCGCGAUGGUUGAGUUCCCCUCCUCACGCCUGCCUAGGAGAAGUUCGCAGUCUGGGAGGUGGGGCAGGAGGCAGCCGUUUCACUCGGGUCAGGGCGGAGCUGAAGCGACGGCGGAGGCGGAAGCAACGGUCGGUAGGGUGGGGAAGGGGGCUGGCCCCAGGAGGAGGAAGCCCUUCAAAGAAAACAGCAACAAGCUGAGCUGCUGUGACUGAGGGGAACAAGAUGGCGGCGCCGAAGGGGAGCCUCUGGGUCAGGACCCAACUGGGGCUCCCGCCGUUGCUGCUGCUGACCAUGGCCCUGGCCGGAGGUUCGGGGACCGCUUCGGCUGAAGCAUUUGACUCCGUCUUGGGUGAUACGGCGUCUUGCCACCGGGCCUGUCAGUUGACCUACCCCUUGCACACCUACCCUAAGGAAGAGGAGUUGUACGCAUGUCAGAGAGGUUGCAGGCUGUUUUCAAUUUGUCAGUUUGUGGAUGACGGAACCGACUUAAAUCGAACCAAAUUGGAAUGUGAAUCUGCAUGUACAGAAGCAUAUUCCCAAUCUGAUGAACAAUAUGCUUGCCAUCUUGGUUGCCAGAAUCAGCUGCCAUUUGCUGAACUGAGACAAGAACAACUUAUGUCCCUGAUGCCAAAAAUGCAUCUACUCUUUCCUCUAACUCUGGUGAGGUCAUUCUGGAGUGACAUGAUGGACUCUGCACAGAGCUUCAUAACCUCUUCAUGGACUUUUUAUCUUCAAGCUGAUGAUGGAAAAAUAGUUAUAUUCCAGUCUAAGCCAGAAAUUCAGUAUGCACCACAUUUGGACCAAGAGCCUACAAAUUUGAGAGAAUCGUCUCUAAGCAAAAUGUCCUCAGAUCUGCAAAUGAGAAAUUCACAAGCACACAGGAAUUUCCUUGAAGAUGGAGAAAGUGAUGGCUUUUUAAGAUGCCUCUCUCUUAAUUCUGGGUGGAUUUUAACUACAACUCUUGUCCUCUCGGUGAUGGUGUUGCUUUGGAUUUGUUGUGCAACUGUUGCUACAGCUGUGGAGCAGUAUGUUCCCUCUGAGACAGAGUUUUGCUCUUGUUACCCAGGCUGGAGUGCAAUGGCACGAUCUCGGCUCACCACAACCUCCGCCUCCUGGGUUCAGGCAAUUCUCCUGCCUUAGCUUCCCGAGUAGAUGGGAUUACAGGUAUGCACCACCAUGCCCAGCUAAUUUAUUUUGUAUUUUUAGUAGAGACGGGGUUUCACCUUGUUGACCAGGAUGGUCUCGAUCUCUUGACCUCGUGAUCCACCCACCUCAGCCGCCCAAAGUGCUGGGAUCAUAGGCGUGAGCCACCACGUCCGGCCCAACUGUAAUACAUCUUAAUGUCUCAUUUCUACUGGUGACAAAGUCACAGGUACUCGGAUCCUACUGUGGACUGUUUCCUAUAUUCAUAAUUGAAGGAAAUGUUAUAUUUCAGUUAGAAGUUGGUGAAAAGAAAGAUUUAAAAUUUUUCCUAUUCAAGUUCACCAAACCCCUGGUUUAGAGGUUGUCUUAAUUUUACUUUUAUCAUUUUAAGAGUAAAUGAUUUUGUUUUCUUGUUCAAUUCUAAAUUAUUUGGGCUUAUUUUACUGCCUCUUGUCUGCUUUUUAUGCUCAAAUUGUUUUUGCAGUGUUAGAACUGCAAUAAUUGAAGACUUGGGUGGAAAAAAAUAAGCACCCAAUUGAAAAUGAAAGGUUUCAACAGAAGCUCUUGAUAAUGUUACCUCCAGGUGCACCAUCAUGCCACCAUUACUGGAGCUCCAAAUCUGUAAAUUUCUUUAUGCUUAAGUAUGUAAACUUUAAUAAAACUUGGAUCAUCUGCAUUAAACAAUAA